AGCCAAUCAGCUCCUUGCACAUUGGCUCUGUCAUCAGGCUUGGAUAUUGAGGAAGGAUCCACCGCUCUGCUGCUGAUGCUGCUGCUGCCUCGGCUCCUCGUUAUGUAUAUGUAUAUCCGUGUGGCUCCGUUGUGUGUGUGUGCGUGUGUGUGGAAGCCGGAUGAAAUGAAAUGCCAGGAUUGGGCUACCUCCAGGGAGAACCUCUCCAUCCUAUAAUGUGAGGCAGCCAGCAGGCACUGUGGGAUCAGGAAGAAGCCGCAUCCAUCAAGGGACGGGGCCAGGCGGACCGGGCGUGAUCCAACGGGAGGGGAGAAUUUUUUUUUUUUUUUUUUUUUAAUAAAUUAUUCUUCUCUGCUGUGGAGAGAAGGGAUUGUCGUCAUCCCCCCCCCCAUCCAUCCUUUUUUUCUCUCUCUCUGUGGUGCCCCAUCCUUUCCUCCUCCAUCCUCCGCCUCCACUCUCAUUUCCCCCCCUCAUUCUUCUAGAGGCGCUGGCUGGAAUAUCAAACCUCCAUGUAUGACAAUUUGUACCUACAUGGAUUUGAAGACUCGGAGGCGGGCUCAGCUGAUUCAUAUACUAGCAGACCAUCAGACUCAGAUGUCUCUCUGGAGGAGGAGCGGGAGGUGCAGGCCCAGGUCCAGAGCCAGAGCCCAAGCCAGAGCCAAGGACCGGGACAGAGCCGCCAGGAGAGGGAGCAGCAGGCCACCAUUCAACUGGAGAGAGCCAAGACUAAACCUGUUGCAUUUGCUGUGAGGACCAACGUCAGCUAUUGUGGCGCGCUGGAUGAGGAUGUUCCGGUGCCAGCCACCGCCAUCUCCUUCGACGCUAAGGAUUUCCUCCACAUAAAAGAGAAGUUCAACAAUGACUGGUGGAUCGGACGGUUAGUGAAGGAGGGCUGUGAGAUCGGCUUCAUCCCCAGCCCUCUGAAGCUAGAGAACAUCCGGCUGCAGCAGGAACAGAAGAGGGGACGAGUCCAAGGUAAGUCUGGAGGGAACUCUUCUUCCAGUGUAGAGGAUGAGGUAUCAGCCUCUAUCCGACCCCUCAUAUCCUCGGCAGGAAAGCAGAAACAGAAAGUGACGGAGCACAUCCCCCCAUAUGACGUGGUGCCCUCCAUGAGGCCUGUAGUGCUGGUGGGACCGUCGCUCAAGGGUUAUGAGGUGACAGACAUGAUGCAGAAAGCAUUGUUCGACUUCCUCAAGCACAGAUUUGAUGGCAGGAUAUCUAUCACACGAGUGACGGCAGAUAUAUCACUAGCCAAGAGGUCUGUUCUCAACAAUCCCAGUAAGAGGGCCAUCAUAGAAAGAUCCAACACUCGUUCCAGCUUAGCCGAGGUGCAGAGUGAGAUUGAGAGGAUCUUUGAGCUGGCCCGCUCCUUGCAGCUGGUGGUGCUGGAUGCUGACACCAUAAACCACCCAGCCCAGCUCCUCAAGACCUCCCUGGCCCCCAUCAUUGUUCACGUUAAAGUCUCCUCGCCAAAGGUUCUGCAGAGGCUAGUCAAGUCCAGAGGGAAGUCCCAGAGCAAACACCUGAAUGUGCAGCUUGUAGCAGCUGACAAACUGGCCCAGUGUCCUCCAGAAAUGUUUGACAUCAUACUGGACGAGAACCAGCUGGAAGACGCCUGCGAGCAUCUCGCUGAAUACCUCGAGGCCUACUGGAAAGCAACCCAUACCUCUAUGGCAACGCCCCUAAACCCUCUGCUGGGACGCAACCUGGGUCCGACCAACCUCACCCCCUACCCCACCACCAUCUCUGGACUGCAGCAGAGCCAAAGAAUGCGACAAAGCAACCACACAGGAGACCAUUCUACCCCGAACGAACGACGCAAUCUGAUGACAUCGGACGAAAAUUACCACAACGAGCGGGCACACAAGGGACGCAACCGCAUGUCCUCUGCCUCACAACACAGCCGAGAGCAGCAGGACCCCUACCAGGACUACCAGGACCCCUAUCAGGAUGCAUACAAGCCACACCGCAAUCGCAGUUCGCCAGGCAGCUACAGCCAUGACUCCCGACACCGGCUCUGAGCCCACUUGUGUCAUCGCCGGGGGCCAGGAUUUUUUCCUCCCAGUUUCCACCCGCAAUGAACGCUGCAACAGAUCCAAAACCAGUCCCAAAUUGUCCUUUUUUUUCCUUUUGGUUCACGUUGAUUUGUCGAUUGGUUGCGUUGAACUGGUUGUUUCGUUCUUUAAAAGUCCAACAAAAUUGUGUUCAGGUUUUUGUUUUUGUUUUUUAAUCGAGCUGCCAGGGCAAACCCCUGCCAACUAACGACCCAAGGAUCAAGAGAUUCAGGAUGCCGACAUUAACUAAUGCUGUAGAAAAAAAAUUCCUUACAUUUGUGUUUGUGGGAUCUUUGGGAUUGUACUAACACAACGUUCAGCAGAUGUGCAGCGCAGACAGUGCUUGUUGCCUGUGUCGACAGGCUCAUUAUGGAUAAUGGUCAGAUGGUGAUGGUGUAUGGGCUUCUAAGUGCCUGGGACAUUGCACCAGGUCAGAAGGAAAUCCACUGACUAUUGAAGGCGGCUGACCCGUACCCCGGGCCAUGUAUAAAUCCUCUCACCAUUUAGCUUAUUGCAUGCUGGUAGAUGAUCAACCUCCGCAUCCAUGUCAUUGAUAUUUUGUACCGAGGAUUCAGGAUUUUCCAGUGAUGAGGUGUAGAUAGGGAGGUCCAAUUUUCUAAAUCACCUAACCGUGUGGACAGGUGGUGGGUUUGCGUGCGUGUGCAGAUGAUAUCCGGCUGCUAGUUUAAAAAAAAAAAAAAAAAAAA